AUGAUUAUGUGGUUAAUUGGAUUUCGACUCAUCAUACAAAUAGUUGGGUGGAGAGAUUAAAAUGCAUGGAACUAAAUUUUUGGAUCAUUUUCUCGUAAAUGUCCUGAAUUACACACAUAUUUGCCAGACAUGCAUCCACAUGAAUGUGUUUCUUAUGCCUGGAUUUGCAGGGGUAUAACGGAAAUAGAAGUAAAAAUAGAGGUAAAUGGUACAUAACAUUUAUGCCAUCCCAGAUUCUAACCUUUCCAAAAUAGAACGGGGUGGUCUUUAAGUAUAGAAAAAAGCAUUUUUUCUUGUGGAAAAGAUAGUAGCUAUGCUACAUUGGUGAUGGAGUUGCUUUCUGAUGGACAUUAUAAAUAUUAUUGCGAAAGUAAGUAAACUUAUAAAUUAGGUUUCUAAUUUGAAAAUAGAUUCUGCUGGGUAAUGGGCAUUUAGAAAGGAUCAUAAAAAUGUUAAUUGUGCAAAUUUCCAUUCUAUGGAAGCGGAAUUAAUUGCGAAAAUACAAAAAUGUAUUAUGAUUAAUAUGCAUUGCCUCCAAGAAGUUGCCCAUUUAGCUCAUGUAGGUCAUGUUAUUCUGAUGGAACCUGCAGUUCUUGUUAGAAAGGGGUUGUAGGUUUUAAAAGUUAUCUUUGUUACACUGAUUGUAGACCUUUUGAGGGUUGUAUUCUAGAUUAAACAGGCAGAAUUACAAGUUUUACUAGCAGUUGUAUAGAUGGAUAUUACUAUUAUAAUUAAAACUGCUAUAAUAUUGUUCCUUGUAAAAGUGGUUAGCGUAUGGAUUCUCCAAUUUAUUACAAUUGUUACAACUGCUUCCAAGGCUAUAUUCUAAAAAAAGUGUAUACAUAGUACAAUGUAUAUCGUUGUUUUUAAUUGGAUUGGAAUUGCGGCUUCUCAAGUUAAUCAAUGUUAAUUAAUUAUCAAAGUGGUGGAUAAAUAUAUUAUUAUACAACAUGUACUUUAUGCGAUCCAGGAUUUUUGUAUAACAAGCAAUCGAAAAAAUGUGAAACCAUAAUAUCGAAAUAUUAAAUAAAAUAUUGUAUUUUAUUGGAUUCUUAAGGAAUUAAUUGUAUAGCUUGUUAGGCAUAGUAUGCUUUACAAUCAGAUGGCACAUGUAAAUAAAUAAUAGGAUACUGUAAUUCAAGUUGUUCUACCUGCUUGGAAACUAAUCUAAAUUAUUGUACCUCUUGCAUUGGUUGGGAGAAUAGAAUUGCAAUAGAUGGUAUCUGUGUGUGUAAACCAUACCAUGGUUUGAUAUAAGAAAUGUGCACACCUUGCUCAGAUGGCUAUUGUUUUGAUUGCGAAGAUAAUGAUUUUUAUUCCUGUAUUUCAUGUAAACCAGGAUCAAAUAGGAUUUUAGUGAAUACAGAAUGUAUUUGUUAACCUCGAUCAUAUGAUCCUGGGAACCUUGAUCAAAAAUGCAUCGUUUGUGAUAUAUCUUGUCAAAAAUGUAAUGGUCCAUCAUAUGCAGACUGUACUGAAUGUAUAGAGGAAAGCUAUUCAAACAGAGUUCAAAAUGCGAAUUUAUGUCCUUGCAAAACUGGAUAUGGCGAGUUUGCAAUUAGAGAAGCAUAAUGUGGAAAAUGCCAUCCAAAAUGUGAAACAUGUUUUCAAGCUGCUGAUGAUACUGAUAAUCAAUAUUGUCUCACAUGUAUACCUGGAUAAAAUCGUGAGGUUUCUGAAAAUUUUUAUUGUGAUUGCAAAGAAAAUUAUGGGGAUUUUGGAAUUUUGGUAGUUUGUGCACUUUGUCAUUAUACAUGUGGAACUUGUAAUGGGGUUGAAUCUACAAAUUGUACACAAUGCUUAAUUAGGUCGAAUAGAGAAUUAACAACUUUAGGAGAAUGCUUGUGUAAAUAAUCAUAUUAUGAUGAUAAUACAGAUAAUAUAGAAUGUUAAAGGUGUCAUAAUUCAUGUCUUUCAUGUGCAAACAGUACUGAAAAGGAUGCAUGUUUAGAAUGUCCAUCGAGUAGGACAUCUAUUUAAUCAGGUAGUUUCUUUGAAUGCAUCUGUACUGCACCUAAUGCUUUUGAUGACGGAUUUUCAUUAGAAUGCCAAUAAUGUGAUGAAACUUGUAAAACAUGUUAUGGUCCUCUUUCUUCAAACUGUCUAACAUGCGACACACAAUAUAGGUAGUCUGAUUUAUCAUCAUGUGUUUGUCCUCCUGGAUAUUACGAUAUUGGAUAAUUAGAAUGUGCAAAAUGCCACUUUUCUUGUUACAACUGUUUCGAUGAGAAGGUAGAUAGUUGCAUUUUUUGUUCAUUGGAGUUUAGCUUUAGAAUAAUAAAAGGCAAUAUUUGUAAAUGUAUUGAUGGAUAUUAUGAAGAACCAGGAAUUUCUUAGUGUUAAAAAUGCUCAUAUAAAUGUGAAAAAUGCGAAAUAUUACCAGAGUAAUGUUUGAGUUGUCCAAUAAAUUCAAGACGUGCAUUUGAUCUUAUUAAAGGAUGCCCUUGCCCAUCAGAGUACUUUGAUUAAGAAAAUGAAAUAAUUUGUUAAAAUUGCCAUUUCAAAUGUAAAUCCUGUUAUGGUAAGGAUUAAAAUGAAUGUCUCUCCUGCGAUUCUUCUGCCCAUAGAGAACUUAAAAUUAGUUCCUGUUUAUGCUAACCACAUUAUUAUGAAAUAGAGUUUCCAUAAUGUGGAAUUUGUAGAGCAUUCUGUUAUGAAUGUGUUUAGGAUUCCUCAAAUUGUACAUCAUGUUAUAGCGAUAGAUAUUUAGUUGGAAAUACUUGCAAAUGUAUUACUAAGUAAUAAGGAGCUAUGAUAAGUACAUUUGAAUAUAAUGGAAUGAUUAAAUGCGAAAAAUGUCACUAUUCAUGCGGUAUAUGUCAAGGAAUGACUGAAUAAGAUUGCAUAACUUGUAAGGAUACUGAGAACAGAUUCUAAAUUGGAAAUACUUGUGUUUGUAAGGAAGGAUAUUUCGAUGCAGGAUUACCUAUCUGUCAAAAAUGUAGUUAUAAAUGUAAAGAAUGUUCUAAGAAUGCUGAAAGUUGUAUUUCUUGUCAGGAUAACAGUUUAAGAUACCUGAUUUCAGGUUUUAAUCGAUGCUAAUGCAUAGAAAGAUAUUUUGAGGAUGGAUAAAAUGAAGUUUGUUAGGAAUGCCAUUAUUCCUGCCUUAGAUGUAAUAAUAUUAAUACUAAAUGUGAAUUAUGCUCAAAAGACUCAAACAGAACCUAUGAUGAACUAUUUUAUUCUUGUAAUUGCAAUAUUGGAUAUUAUGAUAAUGGAGUUGAAACUUGUGAAAAAUGUCAUUAUACAUGCUUAAGUUGCAAUUCAUAUUCUUCGAAUUCCUGUGUUUCCUGUAUAGAUGUUUUUACAUCAAAUCGAGUUAUUUAUAAUUAGACAUGUAAAUGUUUAUUUGGAUAUUUUGAUGAUGGUUAAUCAAUAUAAUGUUAAAAAUGUGAUAUUUAAUGUUUAAAUUGCAUUGAAUAAUCUUAUAACUGUUUAUCAUGUCCAUAAACAAGAAAAAUAGAAACAAAUUGUAAAUGUCAAUUAGGAUAUUAUGAAGUUGGCUUAUAGCUUUGUUUAGAAUGUAAUUCAAAUUGUAUGACGUGUUUGAACACAGCAAAUAACUGUACCUCAUGUGAUUCUAAUUAAUUUAGAGAAAUUAACUUAAAAACAAGAACCUGUGAUUGUUAUGUAGGAUUUAUUGAAGUUGAUGGAACAUGUUAAUAAUGUAAUUAAAAGUGCGAGACGUGCUCCUAAUUCAUAAAUUAAUGCACUUCUUGCGUUAAAUAUCGAUACUUGAAAGAUAAAGAUUGUAUUUGUAUUAAUGGAAUGUAUGAAUCAAAUGAUGAUAAAUAAUGUAAAUUAUGUAGUAAGAUAUGUGUAACCUGUGUUAAUUAAAGUGAUUAUUGUUUAACAUGUUCAAUAACCAAUUUUAGACAAUUCAAAACCGGAAAUACUUGUGAAUGCAUACAAGGAUACUAUGAAAAUCCAAUUAAUCAGAAUUGCGAACAAUGUGCAAGUUCCUGUUUAACUUGUUCAUUAUUAUUUGAUAAUUGCUUAACUUGCAAUACUAGUAUUAAUUUAAUUUUAGUGAAUAAUCGAUGUCUAUGUUAAUAAUAGUAUUAUUUUGAUUAUUUAACUAAUUCCUGUCUAUAGUGUAAUAUCACUUGUCUAGAAUGUUAAAAUAGUAGUUAAUGUAUAUCUUGUCGAUUGACAACCAGAUAUUUUGAUGAAGAAUCCAAAUAAUGUUUAUGUAAAAAUGGAUUUUAUGAAAACAAUUAAUAAAACUGUUCAAAAUGUGACUUAACAUGUGAGAGUUGUGAAAAUACAAAUACAAAUUGUCUAACUUGCACAAGUGAAUUAAAAAGAUAGUUAAAAGCAAAUAAGUGUUUAUGCAUCGAUGGCUAUUAUGAGAUUGGAAUCGAAAUCUGUUAAAAAUGCAAUAAUCUUUGCUAAACCUGUUAAUCUUCUGCCUCAAAUUGUUUAUCUUGUUAUGAAAUUGACCAUUAUCGGUUUUAUUAAGAAAAUAAAUGUUUAUGCAAGCCUGGGUAUUUUGAAUAAAAUACAGUGAUCUGUUCUAAAUGCUCGAAUGAAUGUUUAACUUGCAAAGGUUCGGCUAAUCUUUGUACAAGUUGUGAUAUUGAUGACAAAAGAAUUGAUCAAUCUAUCAUCCACAAAUGUCCAUGUAUUAGCGGAUUUUAUGAAGAUUAGGAAUAGAUUUGUUAAAAAUGUCAUAUCAAAUGUUAAACUUGUGUAAAUUAGAGUGAUAAAUGUUUAAGUUGUAGUUUUGAAUUAAAUGCAAAUCGCAAACCUCUAUCUGGUUAAUGCGACUGCAAAGAAGGUUAUUUUGAUGAUGGGACAUAAAUUUAAUGCUAAAAAUGCAAUUUCAAAUGUAAAACCUGUGUUGAUAAAGCAAAUAAUUGCCAAAUUUGCUAAAAUAUAAUGCGAAUUAGUCCACCAACAUGUAAUUGCAUAGAAGGGUAUUAUGAAGACGAGUAAUUCACUUGCCUGAUUUGUGCACCUUAGUGUAAUACAUGUGUAUUUGAACCCUCAAAUUGUUUGACUUGUAAACCAGGAAGAAUCGAUAUAGAUUGCAAAUGUAUUGAUGGAUAUUUUGAAAUCGGAUUAAUUAUUUGCUAAUAAUGUGCAUUUUAGUGUGCUACUUGUCAUUUAGAUCCUUUAAAUUGUAAAUCUUGUAGAGGUAAUCGAAUUCAAGAACCUUAUUGUAUUUGUUAAUCUGGAUAUUUUGAUGAUUAGUUAAAUGACAAUUGUUUAAAAUGUGAUAGUACUUGUUUAGAAUGCAAUAUUAAUGGUUGCUUAUCUUGCUUUGGGAAUAGAUUGCUAAAUGAUGAAAAUGAUUGUAUUCCUCCCCCAAACUCAAUUUCUUAUGAGACUACACCUUGGUGCUCAACCUGCCAAAUAGCAGUUGUGAAUGCAGUUUUAUCAGAUGACCUUAGUAAGAUUAUAAUCCAUUUUGAUUUUCCUUUAAAUCCAAAAUCCUUCGAUUCUUAAUUAAAAAAUAAUAAAUGCUAUUAAUUCUUUGAGAUAGAAUCUACAUCAACAUUAGGUUUUAAUCCUGUUUGCCUUAUUAAUCCAUAAAAUAAUUAGGAAUUAUUGAUCUUGUUAGGAGAAAACCCUAACAUUGAUAUUGGUGAUGAAAUCGUAUUUUAAAGUAACUCCAUCUCUCAUAUCGAGUGUGAAACUGCCAUAUAAAAAUUUAUCUUAACAUAAUUACAAUAGCCAGUUCAUCUACUUCCUCCAAAAAUUGAGUAUAACGUACCCCUUCAUAAACUCAAUCCUAAUGGAGAUAAUGCAAUCUAUUUAAAAUAAAUUUAAUAUAAUGGAAAUCGAAAGCUAAAUAAUAUAAUUUGGAGCUAUGAAUUGUAGUCAAAUGAAGCCAACAUUAAUCUUGAUUAAUUCCUAAACUCAAUCAACUUUCGAUAAGAAAUAAAUUUAUUUAUACCAAAGUUUACAUUACCUAUUAAUUCAACAGUGAAAUUCAAGGUCGAAUAUUACAAUUUUAUCCAUACUUAUUCUUACUCUGAAUUGACUAUAAAAACUCAUUCAGGAAAGCUACCUCAAAUUAAUAUAAAGGCAAGACCUUCGUAUUUUAUUUACGAGACUGUAAAAAUUGGUGUUUCUGUUGGUAGUUUGGAAGAAUUAAAUUCGACAUAUAAACCUAAAUACUAGAUUCAAAUUAAGGAUGUUGAUGUAAAUCCUAAAUCAUCGUCAUCUUCUAUAUUAAAUACUUUGUAUGAAUCUGAUUCCUGUUAAAUAAUCUAUACCAUUUUUUAAAAAUACACUUUAAGCCCAAACUCAAAUUAUACAUUUUAAAUUACUGCAACUAAUUUGAAGACAGAUGAAAGUUAAUAAUAAAAUUUCACUAUUGAUAUAUUGUCUGCUGGAUUACUUUGUUAGUUCAACAAUUAAGGAUAUUAAAAUAUUCAAAGAGAUUUAAACCUCUAAAUAUUGUGUCAAGAUUUAGACUACACAUAUCAAUGGAACAGCGAUCCAUAAUUGCACAUUUAGGUGGCUUGUAAGGAUCUAAUAAGGAAUUCCGCUUGUUUAGAUUAACGAAAGUAAAUAAUUAAUGUAAAUAAAACUGAGACAUUCCAAUUCAUUCGAAAGAAUUCCAUUUCUCCCUUUUCAACUUAAGAAUGGACAGUAACUGCAUCAAAAUUGCAAUAAACUUCCAAAUUUACUUUAGUUAUUAUUUAUAUUGAUGAUGAAUUCCAAUUUUAGGAACUUGAAUUCAAUAAGGGGUAUCAAAUGAGAAAAAUAAAUAAUUAUGAAUAAUUAAAUUUUACCUUUCUAAUUCCCUUUGAAAAAAAAUCUCAAUUAUUAGAACUAUCAAUUGCAAUUAUUUAUGAUUAUGAGAUUAUAGAAAUAUUACAACCAAAAUAUCACUCACAUUAAUUUAAGAUAUUUAAUUACAUUAAAGCAUUAAAGUUUGGUAAUAAUAUUAAUCUUAAAUUUGCAGCAUAAUAUACAUCUAAUAUUAUGCCAAACCUAUAAAAUAUAAAAUUAUCUAUCAAUUACCCUCCUUAAUGUUCAAAAUUAACUAUAACUCGUUCAAGUGAUUUUGCAUUGACUAAUUUUACAGUAGCUGCUGUUUGUGAGUCAUCAAAUGAUUCUCCAUAUAAAUUUUAACUGAAGCUAUUUUUGAGAGAAUCAGAUUUAACAGAUUUUUAAAAAGGAAUAUCAGAUAAUUCCCUAACUUUAUUUCCAUUUUAAGAGUCAAAUUAAUUCUUAAUUUAAACUCCUUCUUCUAUGAAUUCUUCAAAAAUUGGAAUUCUAGUAUAAGUUCUUGAUAUGGGAGGAUCAGUGACUAAUAUAUUUGAAAAAGUUAUUAUGAAGUCAGCAGAAUUAAAUUGUAAAUCACUCUAAUUUUAAAAUUUGAUUUUUAAAGAGAAGAUAUUAUUGUUAUUUGAAGCAGUUAAUCAAAAAUGUGAUUUGUUGCAUUCAUAAAUUUAUCUUGAUUUGCUAUAAAAUUUAAUUUUGGAAGAUAAUAAUGAGAACACAUUGAAAUUUUAGGCAGUCAAAUUAUAUAAACAGCUCUUAGUCUCCUAAAAGGAUCCUAAUAAUCGAUUAUUAAUGGAAAAAGUCGAAACAAGGUGUUUAGGUCUUAACUCAAACCAUUUGUAUAUUACACAAAAUUUGGCUGAAUCAGAAGCGAAUUUAACGUUGAUUCUUAAAGACUUAAAGAAAAAUAUUCAAAAAUUAGAUUUAGCUCUAAAAUACUAUAUUAAAAUGAAAAAAUAAUUUGACAGCGAACUUAAACAGAACUAAUAUAUUUGGGAUGAAGAAACCUUUCAAAUGUAUGAAAACCAACAAUAUUUAUUAAUAUCUUUAUUAUACUGUCUUGACGAUAUCUAUUCUUAUUUGUCCCCAAUACACUUAAAAAAUGAGACUAUCUAUCUAGCUAUAAAUGAAUUAUUACAGUUUAUACCUUAGAUUGGAGAAGAAACCUAAAAUAUUCUAAUUGUAAAUGAAUAACCUUUAUCUGUUACUGGCAAAGAGAUUAUUUGGUAAAUUAAAAGAACAACAAAGUCAAAAUUUAAUUAAUAAUUUAAUUUAGAAUAAAUACCAGAAGAUUUUCUUAUUGACUUUAUUCAAUAUGAAUCCAUUUACUUUAAAACAAAUCCUUUAAGAUUUAUAAAUGAUUUGGGAAAUAUCCAAUCAUAAUUAAAUGACUAAACUAUUUAAAUCUACCCAGAGAACUACUACUUAAUAAAGUUGAAAAAUGCCUAACAAAAUCGAUAUUUAUUAUAUGAAAAUUUUUCAUCUAUUUAUGGCACAAAAUUCGGAUCUUAUUAAAUUUGCUAAAAUAAUACUGAAUUGUUAUCAGAAUAUUAAAUCAUGUGUGCAGUGAGAGCAAUCUCUGGAAUUGUUUCAUAUUGUGAUUUGAAUGAAGUAUAAAAGAAAGAUAGUAUUGAGUUAACUUGCGAAUGUAAUAAAUUUGGUGAUGUUUUCUUGGUCACUUCGACAAAAUUUAAUGGAUUAAAUGCAAACAAGGAUCAUAAUAUAUAAAUCUCUGAUUUUAAUUUUGCUUUCACAUCCAAGGAUGCAUAAGCUUUAAGAAUUGGGACUGGCUCAUUAUCAGUAAUAUUUAUAGCAAUUUAUAUUUUUCAACUAAAAAAAGAUAACAAAGAUGAGUAAGAAAGAUCUAAUACUGAAUAAAGCAGCUUGAAUCCAUAAAAUAUUAAAGAUAAAAAUAUCUAUAUAUUUAAGGGUUGUUUCAAAGUGUUCAAAGAAAAAUUUACACAAAUUCAUCAAUUAUUAUAGUUAUUUUAUUAUAGAGACAAAUUUAUUAAAUUUAGUUAUAGGAUUUUAGAAGUAUUCUCGGAAUUCAAUUUACUCUUAACAUUUGCUAUAAUUGAAUGUUAUUUUUUGAGUAAUUCUAUUUUUCUCAUUUGUGUCUUCAUGAUAGCAAACCCUUUAAUAAAUUUGAUAAUGAGAAUGCUUUAUAAGAUUUUAGAAGCAAUUUAUAGAUUCAAAAGAUUUGCUGCUCUUGUCAGUCAAAUUCUUCUUAUUUUUUUAUUGAUGUUGCCAAAUAUAAUCUUACACAUUUUCUAUUAAUUGAAAAUACCAAUGCACUCAGAAUCAUAUAUAGUUGCCAUAAUAUUUCUAGGAAAUACCAUAAUUUCAUAAGUACUAAUUGAACCAUUUACAAUCUGUGGAAGAAUUAUUAUUUAUAGACUGAUAGCAUUUAGUCUCAAAAACAAGGAUUUCAAUCCUAUGUUUCAUUUAAUACAUUUCUUUGUCAUGCAUAGCAGUUUAGAAGAAAUAUUUGAUGACUUCGCCAAGAUUUGA